AUGGCCUUUGAGUCUACUACGUUGAUGUACACCCUCACAGCCUGGGCGUCUAUCCAUCUCUCGCAAAUAGACACCCGGUUCCAGGAAGUCGCACUGCAACACCGAGGUGCUGCACUCAGACUUCUGAAAACAGAGCUCGAGGAAACGACGAUAUCGCGUGAAAUAUGGCUCGCCGUGACCAUGGCCUUGUGCUCUAUGGAGAUCAUUUCUGACGGAGUUCAAAAUUGGUAUGAACAUCUCGUUGGUGGUGCCACCGCACUGAGAUUCUCUCUUGACCGUAGUGCGCCGCACUCAAGCGACAUCACGGAACUAGCGACCAUCGAGGGCAAGUGGCUGAUGAAAAACUUUGCAUAUCAUGACAUUCUGACGAGCGUCACCAUGGACCGCCCGCCCAUACUAGCUGGUGAUUACUGGGUUGAUCAGGACGACCAGCCAGCAGACCCGUAUUUUGGCCUCGCGGGCCAGAUCGUAUUUCUGGUUGGACAGACCAGUCACCUUAACGCUGACCUCGCCGCCGCCAAAUCUGAAGAUCCGUUGUUCUCAUACCAUCUACCUGGUCGUGCGGUCGGAGCUAAAUUCUCAGAUAGGGCAAGAGCUAUAGAGAAUGAGUUGCUUGACUGGAAAUACCCAAGUCAAUACUGUGGAUCCUCUCUGGCCCAGCUCGCCGAGACGUAUCGUGACGCUGCCUUGUUGCACUUGUACAGAACAUUACGCAGGCAUCUAGCUGCAUAUGCUACAGUUCUCAACCAGAAGAUCCGGAGACAUGUCGAAUCUAUAUGCGCCAAGGUUCGCGAUAUGCCUACCGGAUGUCUCCCUGAAUGCACUUUAUUGUUUCCACUCUUUAUGGCGGGCGGUGAGGCGGAAGAACUUGCUCAUAUUGCAGUAAUCCGAGAGAAGAUGCGAGUGAUUAACGAAAAUCGCCGGUUUCGGAACAUAGAAGUAUGUCUCCAAAUACUCGACGAGCUUUGGAGGCUAAGGAUAGCGGGUGCUGGAAACGAGAGUGGAAAUAGGGUAGACUGGUUGGAUGUAAUCCAGUUGAAAGGUUAUAAAUUAGCCAUCACAUGA